AUGAGCCGAAAAAAGAGCAAAAUCGUGGCAGAAUCAACCGCCGUUGAAAUGGCAAGAGAGAUGCAAGAGCGAAACUGGGAAGUCGGUUUUUACGAGGCGAUGGAUUUUCUGAAAAAUCAACUCGACGAGCGAGUGGAAAAGAGCUUUCUUGGAAAGACUGGGCUGCGGACAUUUCUUGUUCAAAAUACGAUUUCGGCUUUUGGAGUUGUUCUCCGGACUUUGUGCAAAAAGCACGCUUUCGAAGUUGAGCACAAAGACUUCAUCCGCCUGUUCAUUUCUCUUCAUGUUUACUGCAACCAGUCGGACGACAUCGCCCAAAGAAUCAACCUUUUCUCCACUUUUUUCCAAAGCGACGAGUUCGAAGACAGCGAGGAAGAUUUCCGCGACGAAGAAAGAAUCUUUUUCCUUCAAGAAAAAUUGGGAAAGAGACUUGCGAGCUACAGGGAAGUGACCUCGCGGUUGGCGGUUUUUGGCUACUCGGAGUUGCUUGCCAUGCAUACGAAAUACGCUGUGAAAGAAAAUCUUAAAAGAUUGGUGAUUGUCGUGGCUCAGAUGUUUGAAGAAAAUGUUCUAGAUAUCCUUGAAGAAAUGAUCGAGCUGCACCUGGACAUAAUGCUGGAACUGGACCCGAGCGAAGACCGCGAUCGCAACUUUGCCUGGAUGAACGAGCUCGUCAUCGACUCACUGAUCGAGGAGCGGCGUCCCGAGCUGUUCACCAUGAUCCAGUUAUUUCCAGACUCGGUUCCGGGCAUCAAAGAACUCAGUUUCUGCUUGGAGAAGUCGAUCAAGUACACGCGCGACCAUUUAACGUCGACUUUGGAAGGGCGCAUUCGCGACCGGCUGCUUCAAGGCGGGGCGUUUACAGAAUUGAUCAUCCAGUUCUAUUUCUUCACGAUCCAGUCGCUGAACCACCUGGACCCGACGGGAACGAUGGUGAACAUCGUCUGCGCGCCGAUUCAGAAAUACGUUCGAAAGCGAAUCGACUCGGCGGAAGUGAUCAUCAACCACAUCAUGAACCAGACGAUUUUGAGUGGAAGCCGCCGCCGCGAAGCCGCAAUGGAAAAUGUCGACUUGGCGGUUGAUAAUAGACAAAAUGCGCUGGAUCAUCUUAUUGAAAUCUUCGGGAACGCGGAGCAAUUCAGAGGUCUCUACAGAAAGCAGCUGGGAGAGAAGCUUCUUGAGCAGUUCAAGACGCACGAAGUGAACCGUCUUCUGCCCUCCUUCCUGAGUCGCACAGCGGAUCAGCUUCGAAACAAGCUGGGCGACGACGCAAUGAGCGAUCCGCAAGUGAUGAUCAAAGACAGUCGCGAAACGAUCCGCUUCAACGAGAGAUCCGAAAAAUUCAAGACGCUGAUUUACUCGGAGCAGUAUUGGCCCGAGCUGGUCCACCCGGCCGAUAGGAAAGAAGAAGGCUUGAUUUUGCCAAAAGAAAUCAAGGAAGAGAUCGAGGUCUCGCAAAAACGAUUCGGCGAAAUUAGAGCGAAGAGGAAACUCGAGUACGACAAUCAAAUCGGAGCUGUCAAUUUGGAAAUCACUGUUGGAGACGCCACGAGCGAAUUUACUGUCACUCCCACUCAGGCUGUGCUGGUGAAUUUAUUCUCUGAGCACGAUUCCCUGAAGUUGGAGAAGAUCGCAGAGUUGUCAGGUGUCUCCAGCGAAAUCUGCGAAAAGCGGCUUCAGUUCUGGGUCCACAAAGGAAUCCUCAUCAAAGAAGAAGACGGCUAUAGAUGCGUGAGGGACGACGAAGACGUGGUCGAAGCCGGCCCGGAGGAGCAAAUGGACACGGAAGACAACGAGCAGGAGAAAGCCAAGGCCGAGCAAGAGGCCAAAUUCCAGGCGACGUGGGUGUUUGUGCGCGGAAUGAUCCAGAACAUGAACGAAAUCAAGUUCGAGCGGCUGAGCAGUCUGCUGAAAAUGCUCUCGCUGCACAACCCGGCGCUGCUGAUCGAAGACGACGACUUGAAAGAACUCCUCGAGCAGAAGCGAAAGGACAACAUCAUCGAAGUCGACGGCGAGUGCUACAAACUCAGAAAAGACAAUUCUUAA